AGCAGGCGGCAAACGUUCAAUUUCAACAACACGUGAUCAACUAUCGAAGGACAGGAACGCUUAAAAAUAAUGAUAGAUAAUCAUAUCUUGCGGCCGGACGAAUGCUGCCGCUUAAAUACACGGUUCGCUCUUAAAAUUGCAGUAAAGGAAUAAAAGCAACAGUAUCAUCAUUGCUGUCGUUGAUUUAGGUUAUGUAACAGUACUUAGACUUUUUUUCUUCCCCUUCAUAUAUGACGGAGUUGAUGUUUGUACCACUCUCUUAUCUCUUUGUUAGUCGCUGUGACGUUCAAUCUUACGAAAACAAUACGACGCGAAGAACAUAUUGAGAUAAUUCUAGUCAAUUGGUAUCAUGUUUCGUAAAGUUUAUUACUGUAAAAAUUUGGUCAAUGUCGCGUUUUUAUCAACAGAAACAGCGACAGUGGUAAAGCAACAAACGUCGAUUCAAAAAUUCAGGGAACGACUGAAGAACGACACAAGUCGCGGUAUAUUGACUGAUACUUUUGGAAGACAUCACACUUACCUCAGAAUAUCGUUAACUGAACGAUGCAACUUGAGAUGCACAUACUGCAUGCCUGCCGAAGGUGUUUCAUUGACAAAGAGAGACGGCAUUUUAACUACCGACGAAAUUGUUCACAUUGCAAGUCUCUUUGUCAAGGAAGGUGUCCAAAAAAUACGUCUUACUGGCGGCGAGCCUACAGUUCGUCAGGAUUUAGUAGAAAUAGUUGGUCGUCUGAAAGAGUUAGAAGGUUUGGAACAAGUAGCGAUAACAACAAACGGGUUGACACUGACACGGCAGCUAUCGACGCUCCAAAGAGCUGGUCUUGACGGACUCAACAUUUCCUUGGACACUCUCAAAGAAGAACGUUUUGAAAAGUUCACUAGAAGAAAAGGGUGGCCUAGAGUCAUGGCAGCUAUUGACUUAGCCGUUCAGCUAGGAUACGAUCCAGUCAAAAUAAACUGUGUUAUCAUGAGGAAUUACAACGACGAUGAGCUGGUCGAUUUUGUCACAUUUACCAAGGACAGACCUAUAGAUGUACGCUUCAUCGAAUACAUGCCGUUUUCAGGCAAUAAAUGGCAGCAGAAUAAAAUGGUUUCGUUUCAAGAUAUGAAGGAAAUGAUAAGAAAAGUGUACCCUGAGUUUAGAGCUCUUGAAAAUGGUCCCAAUGAUACAUCGAAGGCAUACAAGGUACCCGGAUUUGUGGGUCAAGUGGGUUUCAUUACAUCGAUGAGUGAGCAUUUUUGCAGCUCAUGUAACCGAUUACGCAUCACUGCAGAUGGCAACUUGAAAGUAUGUCUAUUUGAAGGAAAAGGCGAAGUUUCAUUGAGAGAUGCACUUAGGAGUGGAGCUUCUGAAGAAUAUUUGCGCGAAAUUAUAAGUGGGGCAGUAUUGAGAAAAAAGAAACAACACGCAGAUCACCUUGAAGAACACGUGUAUUCGGAGAGGCAUAAUAAUCGCAAUUGGAGUUCAAAGUACAAGGGCAAUAUCCACGCAAGAGAAAGAAGCACAACAAAACUUUCUGCAAUUCGACAGUUUUCCACACUGACUCACGUAGAUACGAAAAGUGGAAAAGCCAGCAUGGUGGAUGUGGGUGAAAAACAAGUUAGCAAUCGAAUAGCCAAGGCUAAAGGAUCAAUUUGUGUGGGGAAAACUAUUUGCAGAUUAAUAAAAGAGAAUAGUUUGCAAAAGGGAGAUGUUUUGACAGUCGCACAAUUGGCAGGAAUAAUGGCGGCUAAACGCACUUCAGAUUUGAUACCUCUUUGUCAUCCAUUAGCUUUAAAUUACGUUGAUGUGCGCCUGACAUUGAACGAGACGCUGAACGUAGUAGAAAUUGAGUCGGAAGUACGAUGUACAGGAAAAACGGGAGUUGAAAUGGAAGCGUUAACGGCUGUUAGUGUAGCCGCACUAACGAUAUACGACAUGUGCAAGUCUGUAACUCCCCGAUAUUCUAUGGUUAUAUCUGAUAUUUGUCUGCUUUCAAAAACUGGAGGAAGUAAAGGCAAUUUUAACAGAUAAGAUCUCGAAAUCGAUGGUUCAGAUUGAAGUUUACAAACUGAUCGAAGAAAAUCCACAUUCUCUGUAUACUUGUUUAUUAUCAUUGUUAUUCCUUAGCUGCUGUUAUUCUAAGGAGUACGAUUAACUUACCUUAAAUUAAAAUUUAAUUUACGAGUGCACUAAUAUUAUCAUCAUCAAAGAAUACAGUUAUAAGUCAAUUUAUUUUUUCUGGACUGAAACAGGUAUCGAAUUAUCGCAAUUGCUUCACGCAAAAUAUAAUCUACUUUCUGUAGUAAUUUGGAAAUGCAUUUACGAUAUAGUAAAAAUAUGAACAUAAUGUUUUAAAUUGAACUAGCUCUUGAGUAUUACGAGGAAAACAAACGAAUCAAAUUGUUUUUGCUGGCAGAGAUCAAUAUUGAUUUGUUAAUAAAUAAAAAAAAAGAUUUAUUUAGUUGAUAAAAAUUCACGAAAAUUGUUGUUGCAUUAUUUAAGCUGAUACACACCUAUACGUAUAUCAUUGUCAAGUUAUAUAUAUUUUAUAUAUUUUUAUACUCCAAUGUUAUACUUUAUAUUGAAACGUUACUAGAAAAUAUAAUAUUAUAUAUAUAUUUUAAUAAUGGCAUACUAAAUUUGUUUUGAAGUCACGAG